AUGAGAACAGCAGAAUCUCUUUUCUUUUUGCAGAAUGUGGCGUAUAUACUGUAUAACGAUCAGCCUCCUCGCGACAUAAGCGAUGAAGUGCGUGGCCACACCAAAGGUGUGAUUCUCCUGGACAAAGAAAGUGGCUUCUGGCUGGUACACAGCACCCCUCACUUUCCCCCGUCUGCUUCUUCCCAGUACGACUGGCCCAGCAGUGCUCAUCACAAUGGUCAGAGCUUCAUCUGCGUCACCUACCCAUACCUGCAAUUCAAAGAAGUCGGAACACAACUCCUGUACAACACCAUUACGCCAUAUGAUUCCUCUAUUCCUGACUGCUUCUGCGGUGACCUACCUGACUUAAAGUCCGCAGCAAUGAAGAAGGAAGUGACAUCACCGCCCUGGAACCGGCAAGUCGCCCUCACCUCUGCCGGAGGCAAAACAUUUGUGAGUUUUGCCAAACAUGCCAGAUUUGGAGAUGACCUGUACUCCGGCUGGGUGUCGGAGGCCUUGAAGUCCAAUCUGUGUGUUCAGUUCUGGUUGAACUCCAGGGGAAUCCUCCCAUCUAAUUGCUCUCUGGCAUAUCACACAUAUAAUGCCCAGAAACUCUCCUUUGACCCGACUGUCACGUUCUCCUCACACCUUGACCACUCCAAGUGGUGUGUAACCUGGUCGGACAGUCCUGGCUGGGCCUGCAUCGGUGAUAUGAACCGGGACAGGGAGGAGAUGCAGAGAGGAGGGGGCACCGUGUGCAUCCAGGACACCAUUGUAUGGAAGUCUUUCAAAACCCUGGUGAUGGAUUAUGGAAAGUGUCAGGACAGCUGA